CCCAGCUAGCCGACCUCCACCAUGGACCACAACUCCCAGCAUGUCCCUCACGGGGAUUUCCUCCACGUCGCACCUACGUCACAAACUGCGACUAUAUAUGGAAGUCGCCUCCCCAGCUCACCACUCAGUCAUCGUUUCUUUGGAUCUAUGAUCAGAGUUUCCAAGCAACCGAUCCAUCUUACGAACUCUCAGCUCACAGCCACUUUGUGGAGGAGCCAGCCAUACCCGCCUCAGGGAGCAGGAGAAUAGAGAACAACAUGUGACAAUCCGUGCUACGCUGUCGGCAGCAUGCUUAGCUUCCACCGGACAGUGGCUUUCUUCUUCUGGUGCUUUCUGCUCCUUCACAGAUGGGCUCUGGCUGAUGAAGAGGCCAGAUGGGGUCCUAAAGCAACAACUAACAAUCCGUCUGAGAAGAAACACAGCAACUAUUGGUGGACCCCAUCCUUGCCCAAGAUCCCUUCCCUUCCCUCGCUUCCGUUCAAAUUCCCUUUCUAUGGGGGUUCGGGUGGUGACGACGAGACAGCUGCUCUGACCACGGCUGCCAAAGGGCUGACAGUCCCGAUCAAUUCCUCGGAAGACCAAACGGGAUCAGGAGAAGGGAUCGAUUCUGGGAAAUCUCAGUUGCUCACCACGUUGACUCAGGGGCUCCUUGUGCCAGAGCGGAGACCUGAAUCACUUCCCACUGAGACGUCAGAUCCUCCACACAGCAGCAUAGUUCAGAGAGACAAGGAUGCUUUUGUUUCUCCCACAAGCACAAAUACUCUGUCCACCAACAGUCCAACUAGCAGUAACACUCGGAAACAAAACACAGCAGAUACCCACCCACCGUGGGACACCACAGCAGUCACAGAACCCAGCAUGGGUGCCACUCAACGACACCUCCCACAUGAAACAAGUGUUUCUCAAGAGGCAGAAGUUUUAUCUGUAAGGAGUUUUCCAGCAAUGCCACCAGAAACUAAAGCCCCUACAUCCCAGUCAUGGGCAACAGACCAAACCACAACCCCAAACCCAAGACUGGUAAAGACCACGCUGCCCAUGACACAUGCUCUGAGGUCUGCUACUCACCCUACAUUUGUAAGAAGACCUAAAAAUUCCACUGGUAGAACAGUUCGACCAUCAUCAGUGGGCACAAUGACAGAAAUGUCCACCACUCAAAGUCAGGUGGACCAGGGCUCCUUCGAAACCAGAAGCAUUAAGGUCGAAUACCAGCCAGGGGUCAUCUCCACUACCCUCCGGAUUGAUCCGAAACAAGUCCGGGAAUCCAUAACGAGCACAACUCAAAGCCCCAGGGCAACUUUUCCAAUUGAAGGAGAGCUGCCAGACCAAAGGCUUAAAGAAGAAGAUGAAGAUGGGGCUACUUCAGCUACAGAUGAGGACACAAGUCUGAGUGAUGUCUCCACUCCCUUCAUUAAGUUCUUAACAACAUCCACAGAGCAGAGCACAGGUCUUCUUCCAGAAUCUCCAUCAGUUCUUCUCUACACUGAGGACUGGCUGUCUAACCUGCCAUUCACCGAGGGCACCUUACUUCCAGACUGCAAUAAAGAACAAUCUGGUAUCUGCAACCUUUCCUACAUCUGGGACACCACACCUCCUUUUGGCAUCAAGCCCACACUAAACCGCACUGCCACAAACCAGUCAACCAACCCCUUCCUUGACCCGGCUCCACCCAUGUUGGUGCCCUUGUACACGGACUGGAACAGUGCCAUGGCAGCCUGGGGUCUGGCCUGGGAGGUGCAUGUUUAUGGAGUUGGUUGUGUCUUUGCCAUGCUAAUGCUAGCCUCAGCGCUGAAUCUGCUUUGCUUGCCGCUGCGAUGUCCAUCAGGAUGUGGCUACUUUGCACUAGUCAGCUUGUUCCUUCUUGCUGCUGGUUGCACCAGGUCCUUUUCACUCCUGUAUGAUGCAUAUGGUCACCAGGAUCGCAUUCCCUCCACAGAGGCCUCACUGGUGCUCUACGAAGCGCCUUUCCCCUGCCUCACUGCAGCUUUUGGGUUGGUUUUUCUUCUGCUCUCAAUGCGCUCCAGAAUGCAGCUGUCGUAUUCAGCCUUCCAGAGACCCUGUUUCCUGUUCUGCCUGGUUGUGCUGCACUUCACCGCAGCAUUUGGUCCAGUGACUUUCCUGAAGUUUUACCAGCAAAAACCACCCUUGUGCCUCCUUCUGUCACUUAUCUCUCGCGGAGCCUUUGUGGCACUGGCAACGUUUUUGUCCGUUGCAUAUUUUGUCUUCUACAUCUACGUUCGGGCAGACUCGAAGCACAUCUAUCACCUGAAUAACACAUCUCCAACCCCGGCUGAGCGCUACAACCGCUGUCCGUUUGCCGAGAGCCGAGACUGGAACCGGGCCGCUGUUACCGUUUGUGUUUCUGCCUUGUUUUCUUUAGCAUGCUCAGGACUACAGUUAUAUGCAAUGCUUAAUGCUAUGGGCCUUGCAGGUGGAAAAGAGGUUUUUCACCCUUGGACUUGGUGGGCUUUUCAGUUUAGCUGUAGACUGUGUGAGCUCGGAGUUUGUCUCACGCUCGCCUUGGUGGUUGCACAACCAGUUUUUUGUUCUGACCAGCUCCCAGCUGCUGGAAGUUGCUGGACGGAGCUCCUAGCAUCCAAGUCGCCCAUCCUGCCUGGUACCUACCAGUGGACACUCAGCCAGCAGGAAAAGCUUGCCAUUGUUGACACGGUUGGGCUUGGCGAAACAGAAAGCCUUCCACUAUACACUCUGAUGGAUGAGAGACUUGGGAGCAGCUUGAACGGCCUGGACCUCCUCUACCAUAGCAACCGCGCCUUAGCAUAUCGCGACCUCGACUUGGAUUUAGGCUUACACAGUUCCGAAAAACCUGAGGAUGGGGGAGGCAGAGAGCCUUCAGGGGGAUCCUCACUUACCAGUGACUCCACAGCAGAUCUGCGGCCACCUUCGCCUAUCAAUCUACGCCGUAGCAUAGACGAAGCACUCUUCAGCGAGGCCUUGUUUCCAAUGAGUCUGUUCAGCCCCACAAGGCCUAUCCUCUGCAGCGACAUGCCUUUAAACCACUGGACGCUCCCGAACAGAAGCCCCAGCGAUUCCCUCCCAGCUGAUCCAGGUCUUUAUCGAACCACCUCCUGUCAGGAGAUGGCCUCUCAAAAUCAACAUCCUUGCCCCCCUUCGAAAGAAGACACUGGUGCUCCAGCAUCUUCCUCCAUGGGCUCAUCCUCCAGCUGUUCAUCACCUGAACACUGGAGAGGCAGUUCCUCCUCGUCCUCCCUGUACCAAAACUCUCUUGGAGGCUCCUCACUUGUCCUUUGUCCAAGUCCAGAAAGACAUUCAAGACACCUUCUUCAGGAUGGGAGCAAGAGCCACAUGGCAUGCUCACAGAGGCACUACCAAACUCUGGGAGCCGCCUCCCAGGAAAGCUUGGACCUGUCAGCCGCGACGGAUCGAUCUGUGCAGGAGGAAUUCAUCAGCGUCUGCAGACAAAUUGAUGCUUUAAGCAUCUGCAGUGAGACUAUUGACUUAUAAGAGACUUGUACCAAGGAGGACCUGAAACGAGUGGCUGUUCCAUACAGCAAGUGGACUUUGAACUGGAUUUUUCACCAAGUACUUGAUAUUGCAUGUUAGCUUUACACAAACUAAAAUGGCUACAGCUGCCAAAACCAUGUGUGGGAAGUUUGAGGACAUUUAUCAAGCAUUUAGAGAAGAUCUAGAGAGUUUAAGUGCCAAGACGGUCAAAAGCCAAGCAAACAUUUAUAAAUUUUGGAUGUCAGAUAAAAGCUAAUGAAGUUUGUAAAGAGUUUAACUGAGUGGUGAUAUAACAAGAAAUGAUUUGUAUAAAUGUUUAUAAAGCAUUAAAACAUUCCAACAGAUAUUAUUGUGACAUAACUUAACUUUUAAAUACUACUGCUAUCUAAAUGUAAUAAUCACCCAGUGGGACGUGCUGUCAUGGCGCAGCGGUGCCCUCUGCUGAUGAAAAAUGCUCUAGCCUCUUUUCUGACCGACAAACUAAUUUAUUUAUGUUUAAGUAAAAUUUUGCUCAACUCUUUGUUUAAUAAAGUUUGUUUUAUAAAAUUUGGCUCAUAAUUUUAUUUGGAACUUUGGGAAAGACAAAAACCCCACACACAGUAUUUUGCUUUUAUUGAUCUUUAACAUAUUAAACAGCAAAAGCAACUUUCCUCAGAUGAGUAACUCACUGUAAACCUGUCUCCAAAUGAUGUUCCUUUCUAUCCUCUAACGGAUUCACUAAACAGUUUUUCAUCAUUAGUCUACAAAUAACGGGGCUUUCCUACAACACCUGGGAGUUGGCUGCUGAAGCCGACACCUUCUGGCUGCUGUUGGCAGACAAAAAUGCAACAAAAAAUAUAAAAGGAAAUGUUUACUUGUGCUUAUUUUGGUAGGACCGGCGGAACUCGGUAACUAAAACAGAAAAUGAUGAAUAACUUGAAUGAGUGGGAAACUAAAAACAAGCAGCGGUCACCUCGAACCAAAUCCAGUCACAAGCCCUCGGUUAGGUCAAAAAAACUACAUUAACAGGUUAAAAGGAAAGAGCUGCUUAAGCAUUUUGGACAUUUAUUGAAAAAAAAAUGGCAGGGGCAUUAAAUAUGACAUUUGUUACACAACCUGAACGACAAACAGAAGAGAUGGGAAGGUCUGUGGCGAAACGCGUGUGGAUAGAAUUUCACUGAGCUGUCGUGUGCAGCCGUUAUCUGUUCAAGGCAUACCUCUGGUGAAAAAAAAAAACUGAAACAUUUAAAUAUAUAAAACUUAUCAUCUAUGCCAGACCAUGAUGGCAUAGAACAACCCAGAGACAUCAUGUAAAUGUUGCUGCAUUAGUUUUGGUUUUUAGUUACAAAAGAGUGUCAGAAGAAGUGUAAACACUCGGCAGUACGUAUGCAAUUAAAGCAGAAUAUAAAUAUGAGCCACGAUUGGCUUGGUGAAAAAAAAAUAACAACAUGCAUUCUUAAAAACCCUUCAUGCUCGAUCCAAAGGUGCCGGGAUUAAGCAAGUUCAUUAAAAAGGUUCUGAAUCAAAAACUUCCAAGUUACUCAAAGAAACAGUUUUUCCCGCCAACUCUUCUGCUGUGAUUUUAACUCUUUAUACACAAUCUUCAGGUAUUGGUCCCUUCCACGUGCAACAUCCCAACACAAUGCACUGAGAUGGGACUGGGAUUAUUUGGCUCAGCUUGUCUGAGGGGUAGAUUAAUACUCACAGUAACAGACCGCGGGCUGGGGUUCUGACGUUGGUGCAGUUAUUAACAUUUCAUACGUACAAAUGCACGAAGGACGCAGUAAACAUACGUGGUGUCAUAAGCAGCUGAUUCUCAAGUAAUACACACCUGUGAGGACUUGGGGUUAAAUGCAGAAAAAAAAAAGAAA